GUUGUUGUUGUUGUUGUUGUUGUUGUUGUGUGCUUGCGCGCGCGUGGUGUAGAGCGCGUGUCUGGUGCGUUAUCUGACCACGACGUUGGCUCAAACCCUCCGCAGUCGGGUGCCCCGACAGCGCCUCGGCUCCUGGGGCAUGGUGCGCAUGGUGCGCCCCUGGCUCCUCAUCCUCCUCUCCAGGUGGGCCGUGCCGCUCGCGGAGGCCACUGCCUCCGCGGGCCGCGGCCCCUUCGGCGGGGCCGCUCGCUCGGAGGCGGACGUGGGCCGCGAGCAGGAAUGCGAGCACGCGUCCAUCGGCUUCGAGGCUCUGCAGACGGCCUCUGCGCUGUCAAAACCCCGCCACAUGCUCAAGCGGGACGCGGGAGGGACAGAGCGCAGCCAGCUGAGCGGCGUUGAGGGCAACCCGUACGUCCCGGGGCCCAACAUCUAUCUCGCAGACCUCGUGGACCUCGACAACUACUGGGGCUACUGCCUGGACAUCGCUGGGUCCCCGCCCCACCCGCAGUGCGACAGCAUCCAGGGGCACACCUGCAAGUCGGACGGUGCGGACACCCAGUUCCGGUACGACCCCGACACGGGGUCGAUCGUGUCGCAGAAUUUCAACGGUAUAUGCAACCCGAUGUAUGACGGGGAGCAGGACGGAAGGAUAUGGCAGGCAGACCUGAACAACACCCGCGGCGGUUGCCUCCGGGUCGCUGGGUCCCUCGAGGCUGGGACUCAGCUUGUCAUGGUGGAGUGCCGGGCGCCCGACUCUCUGCAGAAGUUCAGGUACACCCCGAGCAGGCAGUUCGCCGUGGUGAACACCAGCCUUUGCCUCGUCCUCGGGCAGGAGAGGGCCGAGCAGGACGGCUUCUCGUCUCGCACCGCCGAGCUGCAGGACUGCGCGUCGUGGCCAGCUGAGCUGUCAACCUGGGAGGUCAUCACGAGCACCCACGAGAAGUACUACCCAGAGUCGAGCCCCAGCAUGGCAUGGAUUGGCGUCAAUUCGGAGCAGGCGAGAGGGGAUCCCCUGCCCCUCUGAGAAUUCCACAGGUGAUGGUUCCACUUCUGAGCAACUUGUCCGGAUUUUUCAACUUCGACACUUACCAUUUUGCAACUUCAACUUCAACAGGCUUUACCCCUUCUGAGCAACUCGAGCUGGCCCGUGUCACCGCGCGUUUAAGUUCUGUUGCGCUAUGGACUUCGCAUGUAAAGGUCAUUGCUGUCUCAUGUGCUGUUGUUGAAUGUCGAUUACACAACAAGUCGUGUUGUUGGAGCCCCCAUAAACGCAUAAACGCUCUGGCGCUUUCAGCGCCAGCUGUAUUUACUUUGAAAGUGUGGCUCACGCUCAAGCAUUUUGGGGUUACGCCCAAAAUAGCCCCAACAACACCUUUCCCGUGUGAUUCUUCC